CUAGCCAUCCUGUUUAUGAAGAAAGCGCCGUCAGAAAUUGAUCCCAAGGAGAACCCGGACCUGGCUUGCCUCCAGUCAAUUAUUUUUGAUGACGAGCGACCUCCAGAAGAACAGGCCAAGACCUAUAAAGAUGAGGGCAAUGAAUACUUUAAAGAAAAAGACUAUGAAAAAGCUGUGAUUUCGUAUACUGAAGGCUUAAAGAAAAAAUGUGCAGACCCUGAUUUGAAUGCUGUUCUUUAUACCAACCGGGCAGCAGCACAGUACUAUCUGGGCAAUUUUCGUUCUGCUCUCAAUGAUGUGACGGCUGCCAGAAAACUAAAACCCUGCCACCUCAAAGCAAUAGUAAGAGGUGCCUUAUGCCAUCUGGAACUGAAAAACUUUGCUGAGGCUAUGAACUGGUGUGAUGAGGGGCUGCAGAUAGAUGCCAAAGAGAAGAAGCUUCUGGAAAUGAGGAUUAAAGCAGACAAACUAAAGCGGACUGAACAGAGGGAUAUAAGGAAAGCAAAGCUGAAAGAGCAGAAGGAGCAGAAUCAGAAUGAGGCUUUACUCCAGGCCAUCAAGGCUAGGAACAUCAGGCUAGUCUCUGAAGCUACCAGUGAGGAUGAAGAUUCUGCCUCAGAAGGUCUAAGUACACUCCUGGAUGGGCUCAGCUUUGAGAACCCCUAUGGAGCCAGGCUGAGUGUAGAUGACCAGGGCAGACUGAGCUGGCCUGUGCUCUUUCUGUACCCGGAGUAUGCCCAAUCGGACUUCAUCUCUGCUUUUCAUGAGGACUCCAGGUUUAUUGAUCAUCUAAUGGUGAUGUUUGGUGAAACACCCUCCUGGGACUUAGAGCAAAAAUACUGCCCUGAUAAUUUAGAGGUCUACUUUGAAGAUGAGGACAGGGCAGAACUGUACCGGGUGCCUCCUAAGAGCACCUUGCUGCAGGUGCUACAGCACCCCAGGUACCUUGUAAAAACCCUGACACCAGCAUUUUUGGUCUGUGUGGAAUCCUCUCCUUUUUGUAGAAAUUAUCUCCGGGGGAGAAAGGUGCACCAGGUAAAGUGACUGAGCCAGGCUGCGGAGCCCGGCCACCUGGAUCUCCUCCCAGAUCCGCCUCUGCCUGGAAUACAGCAUACUUGAGUCAGCUGGACAUACUCCUAGAAUCCACCACUUCCUUUCUGUCACCCUGGAGACAGUCCUUCCUCACACUGUGGGUGGGGAAGAGCUGCUGACUUCCCGGAGCUGCAGCCUCUCUGAUCAGUGCUGAGCCUCAGCUAGUCUUCAUUCUCCUCUGUUGAUACAGAACUCUGCUUUGGUCAUGACAUCCUUAAGGACUCUGAGCUGUGCUAACUACCAGCCUCCCUCUCUGAAGGGACCAUCUGUUGCAGUUACCACAGCAACUGACCCAAGGAACUCACUGGGCUGAGUCAGGAUCUAGUGACUUGGUUCUGAACCUUUGUGGAGUUCGAGGCUUUGGAGAAGCUACCCCUCAAACUGCAUAUAUACAAACCAUGCAGGUAAUUUUAAGGCACUAAAGCUGAGCCUGACCUGCAGUUAUUUCAUGAGCAUGGAGGGUUGCUGUGUGUGGAUACUGAAGAUACCUUGGGGUAAGAUGGGGCCAGGAAAGCUGGGUCCUGUUUCUGCAUCUGUAAACACCUACAUUCUGGCAUCCUCCAGAACCCCUAAAAGGUUUGACAGUUUUCCUGAUCUUUGCAAUAUGGAGGGCUGUGAUACACUUGGACAGUGGACUCUGCAUUCUUCCCCAGUUUUUCACAUUUUAGGAUUUUGUGCCUUUUAAAUUGGAAAACUUUUUGGCAUGUUGAGUCACUGUCAUAGUUGUACCUAGAGGGCUUUGUAUGUCCUUACCUGUAGCCAUGUGACUUCUCGCAGUGCCCAUCCCUUCCCCCUGAAGAGCCAUGGUGUGGAAGGUUCAUGUUCUUUUCCCUUUACCGUGAACACAUAUUUCCCAGAUUAGGGCUGUUCCUUCAGCUUGGGUACCAGAAUGGUAAGCCAUGUGGGGCACAGCUGCAGCAGCUGCGCUACAGCCACCGAUUGUAACAUGAAUGAGGAAUAAAUGCUUGUGGUAAUGGCACUGAGAUUUGGGGGUUACUGCGGCAAAGCUAACUAAUACAUCAUUAAACUGAAACCAGCUGCUGUCCU